GCCGUGCCCGCGGCUCAGAGGCGUGUCGGCGUGCCCCCGGUUCCGAGGAGGACGGGAGGACAGCCCUGGGUGCGCGCUGCCCGAGCUGCUCACAACAGCCUUUCUCCCCAUUCCCGGUUUUCCACCGACCUCCGGCGCCUGGCACGGAAUGCAUAGUCUUUUAAACCUCUGGAGGGCUCGGAGCCGUUAAAUGUGUGUGCAGUUGAGUUGCGUGCCGCGCUGGAAACCUCCCGCAGGUCUCCCCGGAGCCGCCUGCCUUUCGGGAAAGCAUGUUCAGGCUGACUUAGAGCCGGGCACGCCGGGGAGCGAUGUCAGUGUGCUGGGAGCUGAGCGUUUGCACCGGAACGCGGCGCCUGACGGCCGCGGGGACGGCGGAGCCCUGCCCUGAACUGCAAGCCCAGGGUUAGACGGACACCCUGUCCUCCUCCCGGAGCUAUGCUUUCCUUCUGUGGCACAUGCCAGAGCCCCGCUCUCCCAGCCCUGGUCCGGCCGCCAGCCCCGCCUUUGCAACCGUCGCUGGACAUUAAGCCGUUUCUCCCAUUUCCUCUCGACACGGCGGCCGCAGUCAACCUCUUCCCCAAUUUUAAUGCGAUGGACCCGAUUCAGAAAGCUGUAAUAAAUCAUACUUUCGGGGUUCCUCUUCCUCAUCGAAGAAAGCAGAUCAUUUCGUGCAACAUUUGCCAGUUGAGAUUUAAUUCUGAUAGCCAGGCUGCGGCCCACUACAAAGGCACGAAACAUGCCAAGAAGCUCAAAGCACUGGAAGCCAUGAAAACUAAGCAGAAAUCUGUCACUGCCAAGGACAGCGCAAAGACUACCUUCACCUCCAUCACUACCAAUACCACCAAUUCCAGCUCUGACAAAACAGAUAGUACCACAGGGACACCAGCAAUAUCAAUGACAACUGUGGAAAUUCGCAAAAGCAGUGUUAUGACAACGGAGAUCACCUCUAAAUUGGAGAAGAGCCCCACCACAGCCAGCAGCAACAGCUCCUGUCCUUCCACGGAGACUGAGGAAGAAAAGGCCAAGAGGCUGCUGUACUGUUCCCUCUGCAAGGUUGCUGUCAACUCCGCCUCCCAGCUGGAGGCCCACAACAGUGGUACCAAGCACAAAACGAUGCUAGAAGCUCGGAACGGAAGUGGGGCUAUCAAAGCCUUCCCCAGGGCAGGUGUGAAAGGCAAAGGCCCAGCGAACAAGGGAAAUACAGGCCUGCAGAACAAAACGUUUCACUGUGAAAUCUGUGACGUGCACGUCAACUCGGAGACACAGCUGAAACAGCACAUUAGCAGUAGAAGGCACAAAGACAGAGCUGCUGGGAAGCCCCCGAAACCUAAAUACAGCCCUUACAACAAACUGCAGAAGGCUGCGCAUCCGCUGGGGGUGAAGCUGGUCUUCUCCAAGGAGCCGUCCAAGCCGCUGGCGCCGCGCCUGCUGCCCGGGCCGCUGGCCGCCGCCGCGGCCGCCGUGGCCGUGAGCUCGCCGUUUGGGCUGCGGGCCGCGCCCCCCGCGCUGCUGCCGGCGCUGCCCCCCGCGCUGCUGCGGCCGGCGCCGGGGCCCAUGCGCAGCGCGCACGCGCCGGUGCUCUUCGCGCCCUACUGAGCGCGCGGCCGGCCUGCAAUAACUCCCAAACCACACGCCGAACAGAGAACUAUGCAGCGUUUAUUUAUAGUUUAAAGUAUAUCUGAAGAGCCAGGACUUUUGAUAGUGAACUGAAAAGAUUAUGGAAAAGAUGAAGGAAAAAGAGGGAGGUCUGGGGGCGGGCGGGAGGGGCGGUAUUGUCUCCAAAUUAAAGCAUUCCUCUUGAACAUUGCGUGUUUUAGAAGUGAUCUCCAGCCUUGACUGUAGUGGCACCUAGAACCUCCGAAGCCUUUGUGACACGCCUUUUGGGCGCCUGUUUCCCCCGCAUUGUCUUUCCUGCUUUAUGAGACAACUAUACAUUGUCUGAGGGCAUUAACUGGUUCCAGUGUGUAUAUAAAUAAUCAUAUACUCUGUAGAUUAAAAUAAUGCAAAAAAAAAAAGAAAAAAAACACACAAAAAACAAAAGCAACACUGUGAAUCGUAGAACCCGUGGUCCUCUUGCUCUGACAGCAAUUCCUGGGUAUUCAUCCCAACUAAGGUAGGUGCAGUAGACGUCUGGUAGAACAGUAGUGCUGUGUCUCAGUCUAUGCCACUAGGUUCUCGAGAAUUGCAGAAGGUAGAACGAACAACUGUUUCAUGCCAGUAAGCAGUCAACAGAUAAACACCACCAUCUGGUGUGGUGAAGGUCCCCAGCUCACCCUCUCCCGUCCUGCCCACCCUGGAGAUGACUUUCAGUCCAGAACAAAUGAACAGGGCUGACUUAGAAUAGAGGUGGGAGAGACUAAUAAAAAUAGUUUCUCACAGAGUGCUUUCCCCCCACACUAAGGCAGUGUUGCUGGAAACAGAGUGUUUUUCAAAUGCUUAUAUCUGAAAACAGGUAAACCCAUGCAUCAUGGGGGUCCAGAAAGAAACCAGUAUGACUGUUCUGUUUCGAGGAUGAGGGACAAUCCUAACCCAGCAUGAUAAUGCAAAGUACAGAUUUUUCACAUUAGUACGUAUCCACUAAAAACAAAGAAUAUUACACCUCUGCAAUAUCCCCUUUAUAUCAUACCAGUAGGGUUGUCUCUUAGGCAAAGUUUUCUGCUUUGACUAUGAUGGUAGACAUUAGCUAUUGUUGGUGGGUUUUUCUUUUUUUUUUCCUAUAUUUCCUACUGACAUGAUAUAAACAAGUAAUAUAUAUAUUUAAAUAUUAGAAAAAACAAAGAAAAAUGAAUCUGCGUUCAUUUCAGACCAGGGGUAUAGAGUUAAAAAAUACUGUUAUGUUGCACUUGGCCAUCAUUUCUCUAGUGGAGUUGUGAAAUACCAACAGCCUUCAGUAUUCACCAUAAGGCUGAAAGAAGUUGAUGUUUUACCUUUAAAACAAGAUUUAUCAGGGGUAUAUAUAAAUAUAUGUAUAUUGUAUAUAUGUUAGAAAGUUUAAGAGUAUAACUUAUAAAAAGAAAAUCUAUAUAAAAUAAUUAUAUAUCCAUCCCGUGUUACAUGUUAUCAUUAAGUUGGUAACAAAUGGCAUAAAAAUAGCUGUGCCUUUAAUUCGUGGUAAAGGCUAUUUGCUUUUUCCCAUAGAAAGCUAACAUAUACCUAUCACCUAUGAUGGGGUUUGAUGCAGCCAGUCUGUUGCAUUAAUAAGAAUAAUGACACUCAAACUUCAAACAAUGGAAACGUGUACAAAUCCACUCUACCAGAUUUAGGUUUAGAGAAAAAACAUAUUUUUGAAGAGGUUUUGUAGAGAACUAUUUAAAAAUAUACAGAAAGGCUGAGUAUGGCCUUCCUGAAACUGCUCUUAUCUAAAAUGUAGUAGACUUUUGAGCGUCUAAAGAUGCAAAGUGAAACCGUUAGAGAGAUGGGUGUUUAGCAUUUGUCAUUUUAUAUUUAAGAAACUCCUGUGGCGUGCUUGGUGCUCAACAUUUAACAUGGUCUUUGGAGUUCUUCUCCGCCACCCAGCUAAAUACAUUUGUCAUAUAAACACAUCUUUAAAGCAGUUGACUUUGUAUAUCUUUUGUUAAACAACCGACCAAAAGCAAAAAGGAAGAAAGGAGAGAAGGAAGGAAAGAAGGGAAAGAAGAAAAGAGAAAGUGUUCCAUCAGUCUUUGGUAAAAGGGAUUUCGAACCAUAUCUCUUAUGCCUAAACAUGUUGAUUAGGACUGGAACCUGUUUUUGAGAGCGUCUGGUGAUAACGCGUCUGCCAGCACCUCUACUUUCUGGUCUUAGCGAGCAUUUUCUUUGCUUCACCCUCAGAGCCCCCUGUUCAGCCAGGUGGAGAGUUAGCUCAUGUGUUUUGUUCUUUGGGUCUGUCUGUAUCUUGCGUGACAAGUUUUGGACAGUCUUGACCUUUAGUUUCUGCUUUGUCAGAUAUUUUCACUGUUCACGCUGUCAGCCCGAAUCCCUGUCCAACAGCAUUCACGCCUCUAAAGCCUCCCCUUCUGUUGGAGAACACAGUGUUGAUCGAUGCAGCCUCCCUGCAGUGAACUCUGCUGUCCUUCCCCGUUCUCACCAAAGUGGAGGAGCCGGUCCACCCAAAGUCAGGGCCUGUGCAAUCGAGGAGUCCUGGAUCACGAGACGUGACUGACUUUAAUGAUUUGCUGGGAGACAAAUAAAUCAGCCAUAUUUUCUCCAUCAGCCAUAUGAGAAACCUCAGAAACACCUAAAUCCCUUCAGCCUCACUUCACUAUGGAACCAUUUUGUUUAAAUGGUCUUUAAAGUUGGAGUUGUAAUCAUCCGUUGUCUUUACUCGCUACCUAAUAAAGGAUGAAGCCUAACCAUAGAACUUAA